AUGGCGAUCGUGCUUGGUCGUGCCCUCGCCGCUGGGGUCCUCAUGGCCGGUCAGGUGGGCGCUCGGCGCAGCACCCUCGCGCUCGACACCCAGGCGCUGCAGGUGCUGUCCGAGCUGCAGCUCGCGUCCGAGAUGGGCAGCGGCGCCCUCUCCGAGGCGGCCAGCCACCUCGGCGCCGAGGCCAAGGCCGAGGCGAAGGCCGAGGCAAAGGCGGAGGCAAGAGCGGAGGCAAGAGCCGAGGCAACGGCCGAGGCAAAGGCCGAGGCAAAAGCCGAGGCAAAAGCCGAGGCACUGGCCGAGGCAAAGGCGGAGGCAAAGGUGCAGUCGAAGGUCGAGGCGAGCUCCGAGGCGAGCGCCGAGGCGGUGCAGGCACGCAUCAGCGCGUAUGCGGACGAGGUCGGCAUGGCGCCCGGAGAGGGCAGGCUCGCGACGAUGGGGCUGGACGAGGGCGAGGAGUCCGAGGAGGACCUCAGGGCUCUCUUUGCCGCACACGUCUACGAGCCUGCGUCUGUCACGAACGGGGCCGGCGUGGCGUCCGUGUGA